AUGUUCCUCAUGAACGUACCUCCUGUGGUUGCUCUCCAGUCAAAAUGGGAGGCCUUCGGCCCCUCGGGAAGCUGUAGGUUUCCCGGGUGCUUCUCAGAGGACACGGAGGGGGUGGCGAGGGCAGCGGUCAGCACCAAAGUGCAGAUGGUCAUCAGCACGCUACGGAAAGACGGGGCCACCUUGGGCAUGAGCGAUGAGCACGCUGCACACAGAAGCCACCGCGGGGAGCCAUACCGCAAUGCCAGGCUCACUGGCAACCCGGCCGUGCCCACCACCUGCACGCUCGCCACUGACUUCAACUCCAGGGAGCAGGGGGCGGCGGUGGACUUUGGCCCCCUGGUGCUAGAUUCAGACAGCGAUGACUCCGUGGACCGCGACAUCGAAGAAGCCAUUCAGGAGUACCUCAAGGCCAAGAGCGGCAGUGUCCAGCCUGUGUCGGGCGGGGCCCGGCCUACAGUGGCUGCAGAAACAAGCAGCCAAUGCAAGCUGGACCCACUCCACAGCAAUGCCACUACCGCCCUGUGUCCCACAGCCAAACCUGGGGCCGUUCCCACAGUGGCAGGAGGUGUCUCUGGUAGCCCCCCAGGGGCUGGCGACAACCGGGGUCCUCCCUCCCCGGUGAGUGUGAGCAGUGACGACUCUUUUGAGCAGAGCAUACGGGCAGAGAUAGAACAGUUUCUGAAUGAAAAGAAGCAACAUAAGAUUCCAAAGGGUAACGUUCCUGUGGUGAAAAAGCCAGAACCAGGUGAGGUCCCAGCAAGGCCGCUGUGUCGUUCCAGCAAAGAGCCACUCGUGAGGGCGCAUCGCCAGGAUGCGCUGGGCGCAGGCAAAGAGUUUGUCUUCCGCAAACAGAAGCCGGCAGUGCAGCCUCGGGGCCCCAAGGGUAAAGUCACUGCGGAGGCCGAAGCCGGCCCCAAGGUUGCCGCUUGCCGCCCUCUGGACACAACUCAGAACAAAGGAGGCACUAAGCGGAGCGCUGGUGCCGGCAAGAGGGGGAAGCGGGCCAAGAGCGCCGCCCUGGUGCCCACAGCCUCGGACUCCAGCAGCGAUGAUGGCAUCGAGGAAGCCAUUCAGCAGUACCAGCUGGAGAAAAGCCGCAAGGAGACCAGUGGGGAUACGCCUCUGAGAGCUCCGCCCAGAGAUGAGAAGGGGCCAGCCCCACCUGCCAACAGCACAUGCGCCUCUACCAAACCCGUCCUGUCGGAAACCUUGCGGAAAACUCCGAGCAGGAAGAAGCCAGCAACCACCAAGGCCGCGGAGGUCAGCCCGGUUGCCCUCGACUCCAGCAGGCCCCCGAAGGGAACCAAAACUACUCCGCCAACAGGAUGUACGGCCACCAAGGGCGAGCACGUAGAUCAGACCCCUUGCCGGGCAGACACGUCAGCAGAGCUGAUGUGCGCCGAGGCCAUCCUGGACAUUUCCAAAACCAUCCUUCCAGUCCCACGCACAAGCUCGCUUUUGUACACCCCUGGUGGGCCUUCCCGCUCCGACGGCGAUGGCAGCUCUGUGGACAGUGACGACAGCAUCGAGCAGGAGAUUCGAACAUUCUUGGCCCUUAAGGCGCAGUCGGGGAGCUUGCUGGCCCGAGCCGAGAGCUGCCCGCCGCCCGCCUGGAGCCCACGGUCAUCACCUGGACCCAAUGGCCCGGUCAGUGGCCCCAAGGCCCUGCUCUCAAAGCCACAGGAUGCGCCCCUGAACUGCAAAAGGAAACGUCGUGGAGGCGCCAGCACGUCUGCCAAACCAUUGGUGCUGAAGAGGAGUAAGGAAGUGAUGAAGGACUCCCCGGAAGCUGAGCACACCCUCGAUGGGCGGGAUGUGCCGAGCCCAGGGAAAGCCAGCGAGGCCCCAGCCAGGGAGGUGGCCUCGGAGACUGGGAACCAGCCUCUCCCAUCCAAGACAGCCGAGCUUGAACUCAUCAACCCAGACGUGAGAGGCGGCACGUGGCUUGGCUACAGCCAGGCAAAUGAGGCAAGGGGUGUGGAGGAGAAGGGAAGCUCCGAAGACCACGACAAGAGCAGCUCUCUGGACAGUGACGAGGACCUGGACACAGCCAUCAAAGACCUGCUCAGGUCCAAGCGCAGGUUCAAGCGGAGGAGCAGGGAGCCUCGAGUGCCAGCAGGCAAGAAGCGAGUGCGCUUCAGCACCACCGAGACGCAGUGUCUGGAGACGCUGGGUGACCGCCAGAAACACUGGACAGACAGGAGCCCUUGUUUGCUGAAAAGCUGUCUCUUAAAGCCCAAAAAGGACAGCCGGGAGGCCACGACCAGGAGACUCGGCUGUGUGGCAGAGAUGGCCCCGGUGGACAGCUGCGGGGACGUGCCCGCUGCAUUCGAGCCUAGGAACCAAGUCCCAGAGGGCAGUCUAUUCUCGAACACGAGGGAGGUCCAGAAGAAGGAAACGGAGGUCUCUGUGUCUGAUGACAGCAGCUCCGUGGACAGCGAUGACAGCAUCGAGCUGGAGAUCCGCAAGUUUCUGGCUGAGAAGGCCAAAGAGUCUGUGAACUGCGUAGGCAGUCACGCCAGCGGCCCCCUCACUCUCGGGCCAGAGGGUCUUCCCAGGCCAGAGACCCUGGGCAGAAAGGAGCUGGCACCAGCCCUGUGCACAUGGAGCCAGCGGAGCCGAGAGGCCACCCUGCUGGCCGAGGAGCCAAAGAGUGCAGAGAGAGCCACUGGAGCGCCGAGCUCUGCCAGGUUCUUUAGCCAGGGUGCCAAAGGUCUCCCCACUGCCCCGGGCAGGUGUGAGCCGGCACCACCCAAGAGCGCCAGUGUGACUUUCUCAGCCAAAGGGUCCCCUGCAGGCAGAAGAACCGCUUCUACCAGCAGAGAUGUGAAUCCCAGAGGGACUGAGCCCGAAGCAGCGGAAAGGGCUUUCGGGCAGCUGCCCAGUGGUGCCAAAGCCAGCCUGGAGGCAGAGAGCACUAGUGCCUUCCAGAUGAACCACCAGAGCCUCAGCUCACUGACUCCGGGCCCUGGGGAGGACAGGGAGAACCGCGUACUCCUCUGUGGCCGGCCUCAGGCCGCACUCGUCAGCCCGUGGACUGACUUCACCCAGCAGGGCAGGCCCCAGAGCCCAUGGCCGCUGCACCCAGCUGCAGCCUGGAAAGGGGGCCUGGGAGCCGAGAGGGACUGCGGCACAGAGGGGCCCACCAAGUGCUCACCUGGCCCGGCGCUGGACCCCAAGAAGAGCCUGCCCUUUGCCGGCUUUUCCCCACUGCUGUCCACUCAGCUGUUCCAUUUUGGGAAGAGCGUUUCCUGGGGCAGCAAGCAGGCUAGCCUGUUCAGCUCUCACCUGGGCCUGCCGCUGCAGGGACCCUCCUUCUCCACUUUCCGGGGGGUCCCACUGGGCCCCAGCCCCAUGUUCGGAAGCUCCCACCUGCUGGUGAAGAAGGAAGGUGGGCAGUGGUUGAGCAGGAAGACCCCGGACAGAAGGACCUCAGGGUCAGAAGAGAACAUUCUAGACCUGAGGUAUAGGCGCAGGCCCAUGCAGAGAGAUGAGGAUGAUCAGGAGAUGCUGGGCAGCGACGUCAGUGAGCUCAGCGACACCUCCGUGGAGGACGGUGCUGGCGGUGGGGUGAAAGGCAGCAUUCUCCAGCUGUGA